AUGGAAACUAGAGUUCCAGGAUGUUCCAGUGUCUUCAGGAUUCUCCUUCUGUUCGCUUACUUCGCGUUGCGAACCGAAGCGGCAUUUAAUCCCGAAAGUUUCCAGCAAAAACUAGUCGCCCUACAAAAGGUUCUUGACUACAUGAACAACAGACCAGAGCAGAUGAAUCUGGACGCUGCUUUCGGUGUAACCUUAACCGAAGCUAAUUUGGUGGCGGCGCUCCUACAUGAAAACGUCCAAUAUUUGGAAGACAAAUUCUUCAUCGCUCUCAAAGAAAUGGUUGUACUAUCCGAUUUGACUCGAAAACAUUUGAUGAAGAUUAUUACCCCAAAGAAUGAAACUAAAUUUUUAAUGCUAUCGACUUUAAACAGUCCCAAUCAGUGGAUAAAACCUAUAUCGUGGACGAGAGUUUUUUCAAAAUCGAGAUCCCAUCCCCGUCGGUUAAGCUAUCAGGAAGUUAUUCGAUCGAUAUGGCAUGGAACGCCCACUGAAACGGAAAGCGAUCAAUGUUUAAUCGAAAUUGUGCGUAGCAGUUUAAAGGGAGAAUGCGAGAUUCCUGUUGCUUGUGUCGCCACAUUAAUAAAGGAUGAUAAUACUACCGGAUAUCCUCUUACGCACAGACUGCUCAUCGUUCAAGUUGCUAAAACACUGGGAUGCGAAGAGGUCAUCAAUAAAACGACAUCGCUGUCCUCCUUAGUGUCCGCGUAUUGUGCCAGGAUCUUUGAGGAUUUCAUUAAUCUCGAAUCAUGGAGCUUCCCGAACAUUACGCGAGAUCUCAUGUUAGAACAAGUCGUUUUAUGCGGCAUGGAGGGUUACUACGAAUUCGUCGAUAAACAUUAUGAAGAUACAAUACUGAGCUGGCCUCACUGGAGCGGCUGUUUCGGUGUAAUCGAAUCUUCAAACGAACAUCAAAUCACACGGCGAUCAUCUUCAACAACCGACUUUGGCUGUAAUAAUCAUACAACAAGCCUUGCUGCUGCGAGUCUCGCCGUAUUUAUUCGAGAAAAUAUAGAAAAUGCUCUUAGUCAGCCUUAAAUCUCUCUUAUUUAUAAAGAGCGCUUUUAUAUCCGACUUUUAUUUCUUUCUAUUGUAUUACGGAUUUUUUGUUGAAGUUUUUUUCAU